AUGCCACACAAGAAGCCAGUGGAGACAGAGGGCCUACCCGAAGGCAAAGUGGAAGAAGGGAAGCAGCCUUCCAGGCAUGACAGUGAGUCCAAGGACAGCAACACUGAAAGCCCUGCCUCUGAGCAAAGCUCACAGUCGGGUCCUCAUACCAAGCACAGCAAGAAGCAUCAAGAUGACCCUCAUGCAGCUGCCACCAAGGCCUAUUCCCCUUUCCUCAACACGGUCUUUGGCAAGGAAAGAGAGCUUUCCCCGUUGGAACUGGAUGAGCUGCUAGAUGCUUUCAAGGAAUUUGACACGGAUCAGGAUGGCUACCUCAGCUACAAAGAUCUGGGCGAUUGCAUGCGAACCAUGGGCUACAUGCCUACAGAGAUGGAGCUGCUGGAGAUCUCCCAGCACAUCAAAAUGCGCAUGGGAGGACGUAUAGAUUUUGAGGAGUUUGUAGAGAUGAUGAGCCCCAAACUGCUUGAAGAAACAGCUCAUAUGGUGGGCGUGAGGGAGCUGAAGAUAGCCUUCCGUGAGUUUGAUACAGAUGGAGAUGGAACUAUCAGCAGUUUUGAACUGCGCCAGGCUGUGACUGCCCUCUUAGGUGAGCAACUCAAUGCCCAGGAGUUGGACGAGAUCCUGCAAGAUGUAGAUCUCAAUGGAGAUGGAAAAGUGGACUUUGAUGAGUUUGUGAUGAUGCUGUCAUCCAUGUAA